CAGCUUGUCUGCUGUGUGGGUGUCGUGUUCUCGUGAUUCUCGUACACACACACACACACACACACACGCUCACGCUCCGGUGUAUCCAGACAUUCCGUGAUUUGCAUAUUUGUGCGUAUUAUUGUCUAGCUCUUCUCUUUCGGUCCUGGUCUGAACAUGUUCUACACUUGUGGUCCGAACGAGGCCAUGGUGGUCUCAGGCUGCUGCCGCUCUCCUCCGCUUAUGGUUGCAGGCGGGAGAGUGUUUGUCGUCCCUUGCAUCCAGCAGAUUCAGAGGAUAUCUCUGAAUACUCUGACUCUUAACGUAAAGAGUGAUAAAGUCUACACCAGGCAUGGUGUUCCCAUCUCUGUGACUGGCAUUGCACAGGUGAAAAUCCAGGGCCAGAACAAGGAAAUGCUGGCUGCAGCCUGCCAGAUGUUCUUAGGGAAAUCCGAGACUGAGAUUUCCCAUAUCGCCCUGGAGACACUGGAAGGCCAUCAGAGAGCCAUUAUUGCUCACCUGACUGUGGAGGAGAUCUAUCAGGAUCGUAAGAAGUUUUCCGAGCAAGUGUUCAAGGUGGCUUCUUCUGAUUUGGUCAACAUGGGCAUCGGUGUGGUCAGCUACACACUUAAGGAUGUUCAUGAUGACCAGGAAUAUCUGAACUCUUUGGGUAAAGCUCGAACAGCCCAGGUGCAGAGAGACGCCCGCAUCGGAGAGGCUCAGUACAAGAGAGAUGCAGUGAUCCGGGAAGCCCAUGCCAUGCAGGAGAAGGUUUCUGCACAGUAUAAGAAUGAGAUUGAGAUGGCAAAGGCUCAGAGGGACUAUGAGCUGAAAAAGGCUGCCUAUGAUAUGGAGGUUAACACUAAGAAAGCAGAGUCUGAGAUGGCCUAUCAGCUUCAGGUCGCCAAGACAAAGCAGAAGAUCGAGGAGGAAAAGAUGCAGGUGCAGGUGGUGGAGCGCACUCAGCAGAUCACUCUGCAGGAGCAGGAGAUCACCCGCAAGGAGAAGGAGCUGGAGGCCAAAGUCAAGAAGCCAGCCGAGGCAGAGAGAUUCAAGCUAGAGAAACUGGCAGAGGCUCAAAGGCUGCAGUUGAUCAUGGAGGCUGAAGCCGAGGCUGAAUCUAUUAGAAUGAGGGGUGAUGCAGAAGCGUUUGCCAUGGAGGCUAAAGGCCGUGCCGAAGCUGAGCAGAUGGUCAAGAAGGCUGAAGCUUUCAAACAGUACAAGGAGGGAGCCAUGGUGGAUAUGCUGCUGGAGAAACUGCCCCUGAUGGCAGAAGAGAUCAGCAAGCCUCUUUCAUCAGUUCAUAAGGUCACCAUGGUGUCCAGCGGCGGAUCAGAGGUCGGAGCAGCCAAGCUGACAGGAGAGGUCCUGGACAUCAUGGUCCGCCUGCCACAGGCUGUGGAGAAACUGACCGGAAUCAACAUCUCUCAGGUUUCCUCGACCCGCAUGGGAUAACCAGGCUAAAAAAGAGGAGAGGAAGCUGUAGCUGAAGGAUGCUGGACUCACCCCUCCUCAUGUCUCUGUGUUCACUUGCAUGAUCUAAAUGUUCUAGUUGUUGGAGCUUUAGGAUAGCUGUAGGUGUUUUUUUUUUUUAUUACCCUGUAUCUAAGUUAUGUUUUUUAUAUGUAAGCAUGAUAAAAUGUAAUUUUGUAUGGAAAAUCCCCUCCCCCCCAUGGCUCCAAGCCAAGAUAUUCAGGUUAUCACUGUUGGUUGUGUAAGAGUAGGCAUAAUUCCUAUAGCAUUGCUGGGUUUAUUUUGAAAUCCUUGUCUGUGUAUAAUAAAGCAUGCACCUGCUCCUAGUUCUGAAAUCCCAGUGUGCAUUUAACCAUUUAAUCCUCACGUACUAACUUUCUAACCGUUACUGAAGCCACCGUCUGUCUGUGUGCGUACUACUAAUGGCUUUAGAAACCUCACUACAUGUUUAAACUGCUCAGUAACCCCCCUGAUUCAGUGCAGUUUUGUUCCAUAAGCAUUCUGACAUGUUGUGAAAGCCAAAGUAAGGGAGUGUGACACGGGAUAUGCACGUUAUAUAACUCCCUGCUCUUAAUUACACAACAAUCGCUGCUGUCAGUUUUUGUAUUUUAGGUAUUGAGAUUCGUGAACAACGUGACGUAACCGACGUGAUCGCUCGUCCUGCCUUUUCACCCCUUUUUUCCGUCCACUGUGCACGGUUUGUUCUUAAACGUCUAACAUCAGUGACCAAAACCUGCCGUUUUUAACGAUAAGAAAGGAAAGCAGGCAAAACGAGAUGUGCAGAAAUGUUGCAGAGCGAUGAAAGGAAGUGUAACAGAGGGAGAGAAAUGAAGUGGGGUAAAGUUGCUCACGUCUGAGUGAAGUCUGUUAAAUGUAGGUCAAGUACACAGGAAAAUUUUACUCUUUCUCCCUCAACCUCAAUAGUACAGAGCAAUGAAGUCUGAUGAUUUGAGGUGCAGUUUGCUAGCUAUUAUGGUCAAUCUGCAGUGUCUGCCUUGUUAUCACCAAGUGCCUAAAUACACCUUUUUUGUUCAGAUUCAUGCACUGAUUCAAUCUAACCUCUGUGUAGCAUGCAAGCAUUUUACACCACAUCUGUACAGAAAUGUUUUACUUUUUUUUUUUUUCCCCUUCUCUUCUCAGUACUGCUACUCACUCACCUUGUAGUGUCUGUUAAAUAAUCUUAUCCCAUUGUUAAACACCUCAUGUUGGCACUGUGUUGUGGAAUAUGAGACAAUAUACAAAAGAAAUCAACUCACUAUGAUUGUUAUGUAUGAAGUUCUAUCCAAAUAAACUAAAUUCAGUAA